GACUUGACUUCUUUUCCUCCAAUCCUCGCUGGUCUUUACGGUCCUUGCCUGCCAGCCGCUGCAUUCGAGUUUAUUUCAUUUGCUUGCUGGAAUUGUGAGAGAGGAAGAGAGAGAUUUCCUCAGUCCUUUCUGUUGCUGCUUUUUCGGGGGGCUCCAACAGCAGCUUCCGCCGGGCAAGACCCUGAAGGUUCCCCCCUCCCUUCUUUCUAAUGUAGUCAUCUGCAGGGAGGUUUCCUUUUUCUCCUCCUCCCCUUCUCUUUUGCAAAGUUGACGUUCCAGGGACUUGGACCUGCUUGGCUUGCAGAGCCACUUGGCGAAGGAAGAGAGAAUAGAUCGUUACCGCCUCGCCUGGGGGCUCCAGCAGCUCCUGCCUCCGGCAGAGGAGGCGUCUCCACAGCGAAGCCGCACCGGAGGACUUUGGGGAGGGGGAGCCUCCCUUCUCCUCCCCCCCGUCGUCAAAAAACUACCCCCGAAGCCGCUGGCUUGGGUCUCUCCGGAUUGCCAGGCGGUGGAGUCCUUUCGCUUGUUCAGCUCUCGCUCCGGACCAUCUCCGAGGCAGAGACGCCGCCAGCCCGGCUUCCCAACUCGAGCCCGAGGAGGAAAGAAGGGAGGGAAAGAGAAAGGCAAGCAGGCGGAGAGAGAGCAAGAGCGAGCGCGCCAAAGUGGACUUUUUCUUCCGCUGAGGAUUUCCUGUCGGCUCUCCUCAGCUGGCCUCCGAGCCCUCACGCCAAAAGGCGGGAAGCGGCAGCCCCAAGAGAAGAGGGCAAAACCCUGCCGAGGCCACGACCGCGGAGCCGCCCCUCACGGCGCCUGACAGGGGGAGCAGGGCUGGUGCAUGUCUCGCCCUGGCCUCGGCAGCGGACUCGCCGUGAAUGUGCUCCCCCCGCCGCCGUCUGCUGCCGGGCUCGGCUCCCAGCUCCCCCUGCAGGGGCGCGCAGGCUCCAUAAGGAGCUCUACCCCGCGUAGGCUUUCCCCGAGGGGCAUCUCCUCGUGGCCCUCGCCCUGCUUGCACUUUUCUCUUUGUGUGUGUCUCGUGACUUUCUGUGGUGUGUCUCUUUUGUCUUUGAUACCCCUCGGUGUUCUCCUUUGUCGCCGUCGCUGUUGUCGUUUUUAAACCCUCCUGUGCGGUGUCUUGUUGGCCGGGAGUGAUGUUGCACGUGGAGAUGUUGACGCUGAUCUUUCUGGUGCUCUGGAUGUGCGUCUUCAGCCAGGAUCCCGGCUCCAAAGCAGUGGCUGAUCGCUAUGCCGUCUACUGGAACAGCUCCAACCCCAGAUUCCAGCAGGGUGAUUACCAUAUUGAUGUCUGCAUCAAUGACUACUUGGAUGUAUUCUGCCCUCAUUAUGAGGAUUCGGUGCCAGAAGAUAAGACUGAACGCUACAUACUGUACAUGGUGAACUUUGAUGGAUACAGUUCCUGUGAUCACACCUCCAAAGGAUUCAAGAGGUGGGAGUGCAAUCGGCCUCAUUCUUCAAAUGGACCAUUAAAGUUCUCAGAAAAAUUCCAGCUCUUCACUCCCUUCUCAUUAGGAUUUGAAUUCAGGCCAGGACGGGAAUAUUUCUACAUCUCAUCUGCAAUACCUGAUAAUGGGAGAAAGUCCUGUCUAAAACUGAAAGUCUUUGUACGACCUGCAAACAACUGUAUGAAAACUAUAGGUGUUCAUGAUCGUGUUUUCGAUGUUAACGACAAAGUAGAAAAUUCAUUAGAACCAGCAGAUGAUACUGUACAUGAGUCAGCUGAGCCAUCCCGUGGUGAGAAUGCAGCACAGACACCAAGGAUAUCAAGUCGGCUUUUGGCAACCCUACUGUUCCUUCUGUCAAUGCUUUUGACGUUAUAGCACAUAUUCUAGUAACCUGUCACAGACAACAUCAGGGUCUUGGAACAUCAAAGAUCCACUUAACUGUUCAUCCCAAGAAAGAGACUUGAUAUUGGUUUUGCAGCUGUUCAUUUGUUUCCUUCUUCCCAUCCCCACCACUUUUCCUAUCUGCAGCCUGCACUAUGAACAAUACCUGAAGAGGAACAGUUAAUCCUCUUCCCACUACCAAACUUUCAUAUGGCUUUCCCUCUUCCCUUCUAAAAUAAAAAGGACUCCAAAUGAAAAUGCCAAA